GGUUCAUUUGUAGCCAGUUAAAGAGAAGGAGUGGCAGAACCUAUAAACCUAUCCAAUGAGUAUGAGCCUAUUGCUGGCAGACUGAGCUUCACUAAUUAGUUUAAAACUCUAAUUGUUACACCGUACUGUGCAGUUUGGCCUUAUUGCUCGGUUUUGGGUCAGUACAGAAACCGACAUCAGAAUGAGUCCAAAUCGGUUCCUCCUGUGUGUCUGCAUCCUGGGGCUCAUCGCUGGAGGGGCAGCCAAAGUACAAUAUGCCUUGACCAUCCCGGCUCUGUUAAAGAGUGGGGAAACCCAGAGGGCCUGUGUUAAUCUCAUUGGCUAUCAUCAACCUCUUGCCCUCAGUGUUGUGUUAGAGCACCAAAGAGUCAACAUCUCCAUCUUCUCUGAGAAAGUUCAGCCCCCACAUUACUUCAAAUGCAAUAAGUUCAUGGUUCCCACAGUGAUCACAAAUGCACCUGAUUUUGUGACCCUUUCUGUCUCUGGAGGGGGUGAAGACAUUAAGGAUCGCAAGGCAGUGGUUAUUGCCCCACUGAAUACCAUUUGCCUCAUCCAAAUGGAUAAACCGGUGUACAAGCCCGGGUGCAAGGUCCGGUUUCGCCUGAUUUCCCUAAAUACCAUGCUCCUGCCAAUAUCAGAGAAGUACACAGCAGUAUAUUUAGAGGACCCAUCAGGGAGCCGCAUUGCCCAGUGGCAGAACCAGGAAUCAGUGGGUGGCGUUGUCCAGUUGGAAUUCCCUUUGAUCAGUGAUGCAGCUCCUGGAUCCUAUACCAUCACGGCUGAGGGAGAAUCUUGCGAGUCUGCAAGGCAGGGAUUUACAGUAGAUGAAUACAUACUGCCCAGAUUCAGUGUCAUUGUGGAUCCUCCUAACACUAUAUCUAUAUUGGAUGAUAUUCUGACACUCAACGUCUCUGCUAUAUACACCUAUGGGCAGCCAGUGCCAGGGUCAGUGACUAUAAAAUGCUGCCGUGAGGCAAGUUCCUACUAUGGCCGGAAAGGAAACUGUUUCAAGGGCAACAGGGGUAUUUGUACAAAUAUUACAGGAGAGUUGGGCCCAGACGGAGCAUUCUAUGGUGUUGUCAGCCUCCUGCCUUUCCAAAUGGGCCAGUCAGGAUUUCAGAUGAGCCUUGGAGUAGCUCUCACUGUGACAGAAGAAGGCACAGGCAUCCAAGUCACUCAUCAGUUCUUCAUUAUGAUCACCAGCCAACUUGCAACUCUUAUCUUUGACUAUGAUGCUUUGAAGGAAUUUUACAAACGUGGAAUCCCAUAUCUUGUUAAGGUGAUUCUGACUGAUGCAAAUGACAAUCCCAUGGCUAAUGAACAAGUGGAAGUGGAGUUGGCAGGAAAAACAAUAGGCGCUGUGCUGACGGAUAAGGAGGGGAGAGCAGAAUAUGCUAUAGACACAUCCAGCUUUGUGCAGGAGAACUUUACUGUAGUGGUUAGUUACGAAAACCCACACCAGUGCUAUUACACAGAGUGGGAGGGUCCUGACUUUCCCACUGCUCAACACUUUGUAAUGCGCUUCUAUUCUGAGACCGGAAGCUUUCUUGAUAUUCAAGGUUCAUCGGUGGAGCUGAACUGUGGGCAAGUUCAUAACAUCAGUGUGAGAUACAUCCUUAGUCUAGAUGGAAUGGGAGAGGGCGCAACAACUGCCACUUUCUACUACUUGGCUAUGUCUAGAGCGAAGAUUGUACAACAUGGCCAGCGGGAUGUGCAUCUUAACCAAUCUAAAAGUGGCCUUUUUAACAUUGGUCUGAAUGUAACCUCAGACUUGGCUCCUGGUGCUGAACUCAUUGUCUAUUGCAUUCUGGACCUGGAACUUAUUGCCGAUACUAUUAGUUUGGAUAUUGAAAAGUGCUUCCAAAAUCAGGUUUCCCUUAGUUUUUCAGAUGAUCUAGGGCCCACUGCCUCCAAUGUCAGCCUGAAUCUGUCAGCUGCUCCGGGAUCCCUGUGUGGAGUUAAAGUAAUUGAUUCCAGCCUCUUGCUCAUCAACCCGUAUGAAUCUCUCUCUGCUUCUGGUGUGUAUUAUUCCAUACCAUAUCUAUCACUCUUUGGCUACAAUUAUGGUGGGUUUAAUUUGGAGGAGCCAGAGCCUCCCUGUGAGGACCCAAACACUGUCAUUUUUUGCAAAGGAAGGUACUAUCUGCCUGUGAGCAGCAGUACAGAAGGGGACACCUAUCAAAAUCUGAGGAGGGUUGGCCUAGUUUUGGGGACAAGCAGUAAGAUAAGGAAGCCGGUGGUUUGCGGGAUGGAAGCAAAGUUUUCAGUGCCGAGGAAAAGUUCUGGGGAAUCAGACUUCGGAAGCUCUCUCUCUAAUGGCCAUGUCGAAACUUUGCGGAAAAACUUCUCUGAGACAUUUUUGUGGAGAUUGGUAUCUGUUGAUUCAGAAGGGCAAAAUACAAUAACUGAAACGGUGCCAGACACUAUCACCAAGUGGCAAGGUUCCAUGUUCUGCGUGUCUGAGAAGGAAGGCUUUGGGAUAACAAAAUAUUCUGCCAACUUCACAUCAUUCCUGCCCUUCUUUGUGGAACUCUCUCUACCUUAUUCCUUAACCCGAGAAGAGAUCCUGGUGAUGAAGGCAUUCGUGUCCAACUAUUUGGAGGAGUGCAUCAAGAUCAUUGUGACCUUACAGCCCUCUGCUGAUUUUGAAGUAAUACCCCAGGAUGUAAAGCAGGACCAGUGCAUUUGCUCAGGAGGCAGAAGCUCUUACUCAUGGAACAUUAUUGCUUCAUCACUAGGUAGGAUCAGUUUUAUAGUUUCGGCAGAGACAACUCACAUUGGAGCCUCGUGCGAUGGACCCAGUGACCAAUCCCAGUCAACACGCAAGGACACUGUGAUACAGACCAUUCUUGUGCAGCCCGAGGGCAUAAGAAAAGAGGAGACAUCUAGCAACCUUGUGUGUGUUGAAGACUCCAAUGUUGAGAUGCCAAUCAACCUGACACUUCCAGAGAACAUAGUGCAGGGUUCUGCUUCUGCAUUUGUCACUUUUGUGGGUGAUGUUCUUGGUCUACCACUGAGCAAUCUUCAGAACCUUCUCCAGAUGCCCUAUGGGUGUGGUGAACAGAAUCUUGCCCGUAUGGCACCCAUUCCCUACGUGCUGGAAUAUCUAAACAACACAAAUCAACUUACUGAUGAAUUACUCCAAACAGCAGUUCAGUUCCUGAAUGAAGGGUAUUACCGGCAACUCCGAUACAAAUUACCAUCUGGUGCAUAUGAUGCCUUCUGGAGCUCACCAUCAGAUGGAAGUUCUUGGCUAUCGGCAUAUACCUUCAAAACGUUUGAAAAGGCCAAGAAAUAUAUAUAUGUCGAUGGGAAAAUCCAGCAACAGACCUUGCUUUACCUGCAGACAUCCCAAAAACUGGAUAAUGGCUGCUUUAAGGCAGAGGGAAAUCUGUUCAUGAGACAGUGUGGACAGGAGAGGGAUCUCUGCUUCACAGCCUACCUUGCCAUUGCUCUUCUGGAGUCCAACUACAGCUCUGGGAUGACCUUGUUGGAUGAUGCCCUGGGAUGCUUGGAGGCUGCUAUGAGCAGUGCUUCCACCCUUUACUUCAAAUCUUACACAGUUUAUGUCUUCACGCUGGUUCAAAACUGGGAAAUCCGAAAUACUCUACUAAAUGAGCUGAAAUCAAAGGUUGUCUCUGAGAGGGGCACCUUGCACUGGGAACGUGAAGACAAACUUGGACAAGAAGGAAUCCCUCUAUAUUACCCUAAUUAUUCCCCAGCAGAGGUGGAAAUCACAGCCUACAUGUUGCUUAGCAUUGCAAAAGGGUCUGAUCCUACCCAUGAUGACCUGACCUACAUGGCCCAGAUAUCAGUGUGGCUCAUUCAGCAGCAGAAUUCAUAUGGGGGAUUCCGAUCUACUCAGGACACAGUAGUUGCCUUGCAAGCUCUUGCUUUCUACGCUCAACUGCUUUUUAAAUCAAAUGCUCAUCACAAUGUGUUUUUGAGAAGUGAAUAUGGAGAUGUUGGACAGUUAAACCUGAGUGAACACAAUAGACUUGUCGUGCAAAGACUACAGCUACCUGAGGUCUCGGGGAACUACAGCAUAAGUAUCAAUGGGACAGGAUGCUGCUUGGUACAGAGCACCAUCCGAUACAACAUCCCAGUGCCCAAAGAAAACUCUGCUUUCUAUGUUGCCGCUGAUUCUGUGUCCAAGAACUGUCUCAAUGGAGUGGCUUAUACUAUAACCAUCACUGUCUCUGUUAGCUAUCGGGGUUUAAGGAAUGAAACCAACAUGGUGAUUAUAGAUAUACAGAUGCUGUCAGGAUACCAAGCAGACUAUCCCUCACUGAGACAGCUAGAAAACUCCCAGCAGGUUUCCAAAACAGAAGAGCAGGACAACCAUGUAUUCCUGUACCUCAAUGCUGUGCCCCUGAAGACUAUCCAGCUCUCGUUUAAAGUGCUCAUUGGCAGCAGGGUCCUAAAUGUGAAGAGUGCUUCAGUGUAUGUCUAUGAUUACUAUGAAACAGGGGAAAAUGGUUUUGCCUCAUACAGUCAACCUUGCUGAACACGAAUAACGUUAAUGCUUUCCUGGGGUUUUCAAAUGAAAAGAGCUUAUGCAAGAAAUCUGUACUUAACUACAUUACAGACACCAAGAUCCCAUUACAAUCCUCUGCAAGCAACAAUUGGAGCUGGAAUGAACCUCAAACUGCCAAAAUGUGGUGCUAGUAUUAAAUGACCGUGGGUGGGUAUGGGGGGAUAUGGAAACAGAUGACAUAGACUAGGGCUGGCACACACCACCUCUCUUAAUUGCUCUGUAUCAAUCUGAUGAAUGUUUCAUCUAUGCACUAUUAAAUUGGAAUUUAAUGGCA